AUGUCUGUUACUCCGUCUUCGUUCAUAGGUCCUAUCCUUCUUGGCACAGUCUUUGACUGGUUCCUGCUCGGAGCGUUGAUUGUCCAACUAUAUGUGUACGAUAAGAAUCAGAAGACAAGAAAAGACUCGAUAUGGAUGCGUCUUAUCGUGUACGCUGUGACGGCGAUCAACAUCUUCGAGACGGUUCUCACUACGCACUGGCUGUGGUUCUACGCGGUCGACCAGUGGGGUCAAGAGUCGUUCUUUGAGCUUAGAACUCCGCCUUGGACUGGACAGGCUACCGGCACUGUCACCGGAUUCAUUGCUUUACUGGUCCAAUGUACAUACUCCUGGCGCAUCUGGACUAUAACCAGGAGCAUCUUCUAUCGCAUGGUAGCGACUGUCGCCAUCUUGGUGUCCUGGCUGCAAUUCGGCGCGCUCCUAGCCACACCAAUCUACGUGCGCUUCAGCAAUUCCGGAGGCCCUGUAACACCAAAAGCCUUUCAUAUCUUCUUCAACUUGUAUCUCGGUGGCGACUUCACAGCCGACUGCCUCAUCACGAUCUGCAUGUUCACGCUCCUCCUCCGCGCCCGCGCACAGACGAUCUGGGUACACACGCAAACGCUCUACGACCGCCUCAUCAUCGUAACGCUCUCAACCGGUCUCCUAACAGCCGGCACAGCAGGCGCAGCCCUCGGCCUCUUCCUGAACUGGCCCAACAGUAACUACUGGUACAUAGCAUCGCUCUGCAUAGGCAAGAUGUACGGCAACAGCUUCGUCGCCGCUCUCAACGACCGCUUCUUCCGCCCCGACGAACCUAUGCACGAUUUCGACACCGAGCGGGCGUUGAGGACGGAUGAGUCGACUGCUAUUGGGUUCGCACAGGGAGCUGGGGGUGCGCAGGAGGGAGGGACUGCUGUCCAUCUGCGCGUACGGCCCGAUCAUGCCGGCGUUAACACCGGGUCCACGAUGAUGUCCUCAGUGAGCGGUGCGACGAUGUCGCCUAUCGAUGAGUAUCCCCCUGGUCGGAGCGAGAAACCUCCACCCACCCCGGAGGUUGAGAUUGCCACGAGCGUAUAG